AUGUGCAAGCCCGUGUCCUUCAUCUCGAUGGUGGCUGUGAUUUUGCUGGCCAGCUCCACAGUGAAGUUGGCCCAAGGAACCCUCUGCAGUGAGAAGCUCAACGAGGUGCUGAGUAUGGUGUGCGAGGAGUACAAUCCCGUGAUUCCACACAAGCGCGCCAUGCCCGGUGCCGAUAACGAUCUGGACGCACUCAGUCCCCUGCAGUUCGUGCAGGAGUUUGAGGAGGAGGACAACUCGAUCUCGGAACCGCUGCGAAGCGCCCUCUAUCCUGGCAACUAUCUUGGGGGUGUCCUCAAUUCCCUGGCAGAAAUCCGAAGGCGCACUCGCCAGCGGCAAGGAAUCGUGGAGCGGUGCUGCAAGAAGUCCUGUGAUAUGAAGGCCCUGCGGGAGUACUGCUCCAUAGUCAGAAAUUAG